CAGCCUCCAGUGUCCUCUGAAACACCUCGACAGGCACUUCUCAGCCCAACCCAAGUCACUUUGCUGCCCAGUCAAGGGACCUCAAGCCACUCAUCCUCUCCCGUCAUCAUGUCCGUCGUCAUGGAGCAGUCGGCGGCCCAGUCGUCGUCGUAUGCCCACGACAAGAUUGACUCCAACGAUAUCGAGUCCGGCUAUGCCUCUGGCCAGUCCGACUACUCUCCGUCACCACGCACAGAGAAGCCCGUUAUUUCCCUCAGCAAAUCACACAUCGCAUACCUCAACGAGCAGAUGGAGAACAUGCACCCCAUGGACAUCCUUCGCUUCUGCAAGAUCAUGUUCCCCAACCUGUACCAGUCAACGGCGUUUGGCCUGACGGGUCUUGCCACCCUGGACAUGCUGUCCAAGCUCCAGAAGGAGAACCCAGAGUCCCGCACCGUCGACCUCAUCUUCCUCGACACCCUGUACCACUUCAAGGAGACGUAUGAGCUCGUCGACCGCGUCAGGGAGAGAUAUCCCAACGUGCCCAUCCACAUCUACAAGCCCGACGGCAUGGAGACGGCUCAGCAGCUCGAGGAGACAUACGGCGAGAAGUUUUAUGAAACCGCCGGCGACAUGUACGACUGGAUCGUCAAGGUCGAGCCCCUGCAGCGAGCGUACGACGAGCUCAAGGUGGCCGCCGUGCUCAACGGCCGUCGACGGUCUCAGGGCGCUGCCCGCGGCUCCAUCCCCAUCAUCGAGCUCGACGAGGAGAGGGGCAUCGUCAAGAUCAACCCCAUGGCCGCGUGGACCUUUGCUCAGGUCAAGCAGUACAUUGAUGAGAACAACGUGCCCUACAACGCCCUGCUUGACAAGGGCUACAAGUCGGUUGGCGACUGGCACUCGACCAGUCCGGUAGGCGAGGGCGAAGACGAGCGUGCCGGUCGAUGGAAGGGCCAGGGCAAGACGGAGUGCGGCAUCCACAACAAGAAGUCCAAAUACUCCGAGUUCAUCGCCAAGAAAGAGCGGACUGCACCCGUUUCAUGAGCGCAGAUGUUGGCUUCUCUCAUCAGAGGCGCGCUCUCUCUGCUCACACGCGGAGACCUAUGAUUUUUCCGUUAUGACAUGAUGACGUUUGGCGGCAUUGGCGAUUUGGAGUCUUUGAGUUGCAUCGAGGGACAGCAUUUGGAUGGGGAUCUUGACCCCAUAGAUACACAUCAUGGGCGGCGUUUGGCUUGAUUUCGAGUUGUUUCUUUUCUUUUCCGACUUGAUGGUUCUCAUUCUGGGGAUUGAUCGAGCGAGCAGCUUUGCUGGAAAAAGGUGGUAUCACGUGCCCAUGGCAGUAGAUAGCGACAGCGAAUAAAUAAAAGAUGAAUCAUUUGACA